AUGAUGGAUAAGAGAAGUAUCAGUACUGAGGUUCCAUCCACAGAAGAAGAAAUGGAUGUUGACAAACUAUUGGAAUCUCUGGAAACACGAAAGAAUGGGAGCGUAUGCAUCCCAACCUGCAUAUCAUCGUCGGCGACAAAGUUGCGAGCAGAAGGUAUAGGAACAAUUUGUGGUAGGUUGUACAUUGGAACAACGGAAAACAUACCACCAUCAGAGCUUAUUGAUACCACUGGUGCCGGUGAUGCAUUCGCGGGAGACUGUUCUCUACGCUAUCUGCGCCAACUUUUCAACAGAGAAAAUGCUAUGCUUUGCUGCCAAUGUGGCAGCUGCCAAGUGCAGAGCUCUAGGGGCACGAAGUGGUCUUCCGCGCCAUGA